GAGAGAAGAGAGGGUCUCUAGGCUCACCGAGUCGCAUUCGCAUUCUUUGGCAUCGCACCCUGCUGAUCCGUAAACGCACCGCACCCGCUCUCACUUUGUAUCGCAGACCCUCGCUUUCGUUCGCAUUUUCACGAUCAUUCGGCUCGUUUCUGGAGACAAUCGAUACGUAUUAGGAUAUGAUGGCUUGUUGUUGUAGAGAGACUCUCAUGACACUAUGGUAGAGGGAGAAGGGGAAAGGGGAUUUUUCUGAGGAUUAGGUCCUGGUCUGGAGUAACUUGCAGGAGAGGAAACAGACAAGGCCUUGCGUCGUCCGGAAGAAAGCAUUCGCCAGGAUGGUGGAGCACUUCUUGUGGAGGGAGUGUGGCGAGUUACAGAGCAUUUUGCUUACUCGACAUGAACUCCACAGGGAGGUUUUGUUUUAAGUUGGUUCGGCGUUUUUUUUUGCGACUCGGUUUACGGCUGGAAGGGAGGGAGGGAGGGAGGGAGGCUGAAUAGUUGCAUUCGCUCUGUGGUGGUAGGUUGUGAUGGGGAGGAUGGCGAGGUUGUGAGUUAUGGUCUCUUUGAAUGAUUCUUCCGAGGUUGCGCCUGUUGCUGUGAUUGAGCACCUCAUUCGCAUCGCUGCUAUCCUGUGAAGGAACUGAGGACGAGGAGACACGAGAGAGGACGGGAGUCGGGAAGUGGAGGGGUUCUGUGAAAGUAGUGUAAUUACUGUGUUUGCCGACACAUUGAUAAGUUCCUUUCCUGUUUCGUCAAAAUUCGUAUCUGCCCUCCGGCGUCUAUCUUUGAACUUCAAUUUUCAACGAUGUUUCAUGGAAGGCUUCAAUUGACAGAUGAGAGAGUUGAACAUCUGUAGUUAAGUUUGUCUUAGGUUUUGCCGUCGGCGCUAGUAUCCAAAGCAUAAGUCGAUUGGCUUUGCAGUUCACCGAAGUCCAGAUCUUAUCGCUUGUUUCUGAUCCCUCUAUUUCCUUUGUGGUUUUGAGCCUUCCACUAAGGCGUAGUCGGGAGUUCGCUGAAUCGAGUGAGAAGAUUGUGAGAAAGAUCAACGGAGAGUUUUAGGUCGUACAGGUUCUGUAAUUACACUUGAUUCGGUUCCUGAUUGCCUAUCUUGACUGUCAAGGUUGACUUCCCGCAAGUUGUUUACUCUCACACACGUCCCUUGUGACAUUUCAAGCACUUGAUUUGAAUUUUCGACAUUAGAUCCCAUGCCUGUUUCGAGAUGCAAAAUUGCCUUAAACACCUCCUGCGAUCAGCACCAUAACAGAUAAAGUUAGGUUUUAGACACGGGAGUUACUUACAAUGAGAAGCUGAAGAUGCCAAGUCAUGCCUAAUGCGUCCGCUCAAAUCCUGAAAGAACUAUGGAUUGUUCACUUUCAGUUUUUUCAGAUGAACCUUAGGCUUACACGCCUGUAGUCAGUUUUCUGAAUGAUAAGAGGCUAGCAUCGUGGCUGGUAGAACUUGGUAACAUUAUCGAUGCAUUGCGGUAAUAAACAGUGUCAGCUACUGUAGAUCUAAUAGGCAAAUAGUCUUGGUGCUCGUUUGCGUAUAUGGUUGUAAUUCGUGCACGCGUACACAGAAUGACGACCAAGAAGAUGUACAGAUAUACGAAAGAUACUUUGUUGGCUUUUGCCACACUACCCAGCUGCCAGACUCGUCCGGAUGGAAUAGAUCCUGUUUUAUGGAGUGUUUCGAUCAAUUCCGACGUGGUGGAGGGGAACAUUGCAAUUCCGGUGGUGCCAUCUGCCCGAGGUCUCGUACGUAGGGAUUGUGACUUAGCUUACAGUAAAUCACCGGUUGAUGACCUUCCGGAAUGGAGGAGACCUAAUGGUGGAGGUGCCAUUCUACAGUCAGGCCCCCGCCGCAAACCUUAUGAAGAAGAACCUCUGGGCAAUGCCUUUUCCAGCAGCUACCCGCCUCGACCUUCUGGUCCUUGGGUUGAACAUAAUGGUCCUCCAAGGCCACCACACGAUCGGCUUGGUCCUAACGGCCCUCCAGGUAGAUGGGAUCGCAAUGGAGAUAAAGACCGUGAGCGAGGGCGUCAUGGUCAAGAAUGGGAUGCCGACGAAGGAGGUUCGGGAGGGAAAGGAGAUGCAAGUCCGCGCCCCUGGGUUGAACGUGAUGGCCUACUAGGAAGUGGGAAUCGACCGCCCCCUCAAGCGCACACCCGCGUGGGCCGACCAGCUGAUAAUUACCAGCCUUCUCGCCCUCGUGUUAAGGCGCCAGUGUAUGGACGUCGCGAAGAUACUGACAUUGUGAAUGAUGAAACGUUUGGGUUUUUAGAAUCUUCUCACGAUGAUAGAUCCGAUCAGGAACGUAAGCGUCGUGAGGCUUUCGAAUUGAUGCGUAAAGAGCAGCACAGGCAUGUGCAAGAACAAAAACAAUCCUUGACAAAGUCAGGAAAAUCGGCUGUAAAUCUGAAACAUGAUGAGAAUAGUCUUUGGGAUAACCCCUCUCAUCAGUCUCCUCCUCUCUCACCUGUUCCCAAGACUGCUAUAACUCCUGUUCCAACCCCUCCUCGCCCUGCUGUUCCGCCUGGUUUUUCAAAUGUGCUCCAGCAGCGGCUAAAUUCAAAUCAAACACCCCUACAGCAGAACGAUGCACAAGGUAAUCAUGGUCGUCAUUCAAAGGAUGAUUCGGUUAAGGACCAGAACUUAUUGGAUCCUGAUAAGACAGGUGAUCCUUCAGCUCGUUCGAGUAGUAGCAUAGCUGACAUCAAAGAAAUCAAGAUUGCAACUCCAGUUGCCAAAAUGAAUGUAGACUCGGAUGUUGAAACGAAAGUUGUAGUUACUGAAGCUACAAAGGAUAAUACCAGAAAUGAUUCUCUUUCCUCUGAAGGAAGCCUCGAAAGGAAGAGAUCAGCAGGGCUGCCAGAUAUGUGGAGUUUUAAUCUGGAGGGCCAGGACCUAGAUUCAGUUAGUGAUAUUCUAUCCACCGAAGAUGCAUCCAGUAUCCGAAAAGAGUCAUUGCUUGACAAGCUAUUUGGAAACGCCGCACCAACAACCAUUGAUGAUUUUGCCCUUCCCUCUGAUCUAUCUAAGAAUGAGCCCCUUAUCCCAGCUUCAGAUGAAGAGAAUUGGUCAGGAAGCCUUUCAAAAGCAUCUAAAUUCGCUCACUGGUUUCAUGCGGAAGAAGAUAAGUUUACAACAAGUCAAACAAGCAGCUCCAAAAAUCUCAUGUCUUUGUUUGGAAGUAGCGAGCAUACUAAGAACUCUGCUCCGUUGGAGAAAGACAUCCAAAGUAUUGGUGGACUUGGCUCCUUCAUGAUGUCUGGAUUCAAUGUACUUCCUAUGCCUGUGGGUCCAUCCUUGGAGGGCAUUGAGAAAGGUUUGGCAAACAUGGUGAAAGUCCCUAAUCCCAAUAACCACACUGUUACCAAUAACAGUUUUACAGAAAACUCAAUUGCACAGCAUAAACAGGUUCCCAAUACGCCUCCGGUGUUCAUGACUUGUGAGGACAUCGAGCAGGCAUUGCUGGCUGAAGCUGCUGGGAGUGGCCCUCAGCUUGAGACAAAUACACCCCUCUCACUGGCAGAAGAAGAGACCCCACCCAAGAGUGCUGCAAGUGCUUCUCAACACCUUCUUUCACUUAUUCUCAAGAAACCUCCUACUUUAGAAGCAGGGCUGCCUAGUAAGGUCAUGGAUAUGGAGGAUACAAGUGCAAAGCCGAGCGUUGAACAGGCAUGGAAGAAAUCAGAUCCUAGCAACAACCAAAUCAAUGAAGUUCAUACAUUGGCGUCGCUAUUCGGCAAAGCGUUUUUGAAUGAGUUGCAAACGCCCGAAGCAGCAGCACCAGUUAGGAUGUUUUUAGACGAUGGUCUCGCAAUUCAGGAGAGUGAGCUGGAAAAGGCUUCCUUUCCGAUGCAUAAUGGAGAAUUCAACACCAAAACAAGGUCAAAUGGUAUGGGUGGUCCUCGAGAUUGGUUUGCAAGCUCUGGACCCGGAUGGAACAGCAUGUGGCCAGACAGCAACGAUGUGGAAGCUGGCGGUCAUGUGAAGGCCGGUCAUGCCUUGAAAGAAUCACACUUGAAUCGCACUACACAUGAAGACUUUGAAGAUAGGACCGCUAGUGCACCUUCUAUCCCUGGAUUAUGGAGGAAACCUGACGCUACCAACGAUCACAACAAUGUGUUCAUGGAUAAUUUGAACGGAGCAACUCCCAAUUUUGGAGGUACUACUUUGCAGACCCAUGACGAAGUGGUUACGAUUAAUAGAACUUUGCCAGCUGCAUCAAUGCAACACUUGGGCUCAUCCCUUGGGCAACCUAACCAGCAACGAGCACAGCUUGGUAGCGCUAAUGUCAGCUUUCCUCAUCCCUCCUUUCGACAACAAGCGCAUGGUCCGUUGUUCAAUAGCAAUGGAUUGGAUGGGGGAUUUGAUGGAUUUUCAGCUCCACAUAUCAUACAACCACCGUCGCACAGUUUCCCUGGCUCCAUUUCGCAUCCUCCAACUCAUAUAAUGGGCCAGCCUCAGAUGCUUCAGCGCCCCCAAUUACAUCAUUAUGGAAUGGUAGUGCAAGAGCAGGAAAGUUUUAAACCACAGCUUUCUGCAGGAACAGGCUCUGUUUUGGUACCAGCUGGUCAGCACAUGCAUGAGCAGCAACGUCUGUCUAACCCAGUGCCUUCGGGGGGACUUUUAGGCCCCUUUCAGCCAGAAUUUCAGAUGAUGAACAGCAAAAGCACUACUCCGGGCGGCUAUGGUGGCGAUGGAGGCGUUGAAAGAUGGUUUGGGGUUGAUGGACGUCGAUCAGCUCAUUUGGGACCAAUGAAUAUGUUUCCACAGGCUCCGCUGGGAGUGGAAGGUGAUAUGCUGCGGUAUUGAUAGGUACACCACUUCUUGCACUGUCUUCCGAGGACGAGGUUUACGUGGAUGGUCCAGCGUUGCCUUUUUCGAAACGUGCAUGUUCUGAUAAGUCAAGUACUGAAGCCUUUCAGCAGUGAAAAGAAUUUGCAACCAAUCAUGUUGUUAGAAGUAUUAUGUCCUACUUUUUGUGGUUUGAAACCAGCUUGCAGUCUUUGCACGGGUGUCUCAAUGUGUAGUGCAAAGCCGUUUAAUCAGUUUCUCAGACUGGUAUAACUUCAUAUAAUUUUUGGAGGGCCCUGUCGUACUGGCAUGGAGCCAUCUAAGCGCGUUCUGGCGAUAUGAAGUCAUCUAGUUCGUUGACUUGAAUAGAAGUCUAUGCACAAGUAUUAUGUAGAAUGUGUCUGCUCUUGAAAAGCUACCUGUUGUAUUCCUUUGCUGAUGAAGAAGGGACUUCGAAUAACAAGUAUCAAAUUGUGCUUUCUGUA